AGCUUCACUAUUAAAACAGAAACAUUCAUUAUAAACCACAAAGCCACUUUCAGACCACAAAACCUUUCUCUAUUCGCUAAACAACGCAGAGGCAGCCAAUCAAUAUUCGCUGACUCGCACACAGGCUACCAAUCAGCAUUCGCUGAGCAGAAAACAGCAGCCAAUCAGCAUUCGCUGAGCCACACACACGCUAAUAUCCCGCCUCGGCGCUCAGUGUAUGAAGUGGAUGGAGUAUGAGUCGGAUCGCUGAUGAAUGCUAAACUUUGCCGUUUGCUGUAUAAUUAUUCUUCUGUUACGGGUGUUGUGCGUCUUUUCAAAACCGGAGAUUGUGUGGACACACUGUGCCAAGCGAGUUUGUUGUGAACGCUGGAAAACACCUCAUUUACUGACUGAAGGAUUUUAUAUUUAUUGAAAAUAAGAGACUAUUUUUUUCACCAAAAGAUAGGCGGCUAUGGAAAACAGUGGUAAGAUUAGCAUUAUGAGCCACACUGGAGAGAAACGAUUGACAUGUACCCAGUGUGGGAAGAGUUUCACACGAUCAUCCUCCCUUAAUAAACACAAGAGGAUCCACACCGGAGAGAAACCAUUCUCAUGUACCCAGUGUGGACAGAGUUUCACACGUUCAUCAAUCCUUAAUGAGCACAUGAAGAUCCACACUGGAGAGAAACCAUACAAAUGUACACAGUGUGGAAAGAGUUUUGGACAGUCAUCAACACUGAAAAAACACACGAUGAUCCACACUGGAGAGAAACCACACAAGUGUGAUCAUUGCAGUAAGACAUUUUUAAGGAGAUCACAUCUGAAGAUCCAUCUAAGAGUUCAUACGAAGGAGAAACCGUAUUCAUGUUCUGUGUGUGGGAAGAGUUUUACACAGGUGUCAAGUCUUAAAAACCACGAGAAGAUCCACACUGGUGUGAGAGAGUAUUUCUGCUUUGAGUGUAAGAAGACUUUUAAGACAACUGAAGAUUUGAAACGGCACGAGAGGACUCACACUGGAGAGAAACCGUACACGUGUUCACACUGCGACAAGAGAUUCAAUGAGAUGGGAGAUCUGAAAAAACACGAGAGGAUCCACACUGGAGAGAAACCGUACGCGUGUUCGCACUGCGACAAGACAUUCAGAGAGCUAGGACAUCUGAAAAGACACAAGAGGAUUCACACUGGAGAGAAACCGUACACGUGUUCACACUGCGACAAGAGAUUCAGUUAUUUAGGUAACAUGAAAGCACAUGAGAGGAUCCACACAGCAAAGGAGAAAAGGUUGCAAGCCUAGGAACACCAUCCCAUCUGUGAAGUACGGGGGCGGCAGCAUCAUGUUGUGUUGGACUGGUCCACUUCACAGCAUAGAUGGCAUCAUGAAGAAUGAACAUUAUGUAGAAAUACUGAAGCAACAUCUCAAGACAUGUGCGUGAAAAUUAAAACUUGGCCACAAACGGGUCUUCCAAACAGACCAUGACCCUAAGUGUAGUGCCAAAUUAGUUCGAAUGUGCUUUCAAGAGUUCACAUUUAGAUAUUGCUUGACAACUGUUAGCAGGUUUGUCCCGGGAGAGAACCCUGAGCUCUGAGUAGGGUUGUAACGGUAUGAAUUUUUCACGGUAUGAUAAUCGUCUA